AUGACCAAGCGAGAAAGUAUAACCAAGAAAGGUACAAAACGCUUCACCGGUUGUUGGACGUGUCGCAGGCGAGGCGUCAAGUGCGAUGAAGAGCGACCAAGUUGCAAGAACUGCAAGGCCUAUGGUGUUGAAUGCGAGGGGUACAUGGUGAAGCUCUGUUGGGGGGACAAUAAAAGAAAUCCCCUAAAACGAACGCCUGAAAAGAACAGAAGCUUGAUACUCUAUGAGUGGAAGGAGAAUCAACUGCUCGAUGAUCUGCAGAUCGACUACUUUUUGGACCGGAUCGAUAUGGCAUCUGUGUUCAUCACAGCCAAGAGCUUUCAAAGCAAGGAUGACUUCUCUUAUGGUCCCUUCAACGUGUUUGAUGCCUCUUGCAGUUUCCAGAAUGCACGUCAAUUCCCAGAAUAUGAGAGUGACAGCCACGGCGAGAUAGUCCCAACCUCAUACAGCAGUCCCCAAGGUUUCUUUCUGGGUCCCGAAAGCAGGAUUCGUGAGAGACUCGAACAAGCGUCGUUCGUGGGUCUCCAACAUGAUUUGGAGAUUGAGGUCAUACUUCUCGACUUCUGGGAUACAUAUUUGCACAGAAUUCUAACACCCCUGGAUGAAACUGAGGUCAAUCCGUAUAACUUGAUGUUGAAGGAGGCACUGGACUCAUCCCGCUCAGCCGAGAUUCAAAGAGCACUUCUACAUACGGUAUGCGCCAUGUGUUCGAGUUUUUUGUCUACCGGUGCAGGUCUCAGUUUCAUAGCCCCUGAGUAUCAAGGCGUCGAUUAUCGCCAGUAUUGGAAUUUUCACAAGAUUAGGGGUCUCAAUUUUGUCUCCGCCUCAUACGCUUGGAAAGAAGCAGCGACGAGUGAAGAAGUGAGCUUUCUAGUUGCUUCCAUCUAUUUUCUGUUGGCCACCGAUGUUUUGUCAAACUCAGACGAGUGGCAGAUUCAUUUCAGAGGUGCGGUUGAAGCUCUGAAAACCAUCAGCGAUUCCGGAGAAGGAGGUCUAGUACCAGCACUGGAAGAUCAGGAAAGCGUACCUGGUGCCCUGUUAUUUUUCGCUCAGAUGACUAAACUAACCUACCUCUUCAGCACACUCUACAAUGUCAGCGACGAUGUUUGUAACAGGCACAUGACAGUUUCGGAUCUGGAGUUUAUCCGCUAUCCAGAGGAGAACAUGGCUCAAUCACUGAUGUAUCGCAAUACAGGAAUCACGCCAGGGAUGUUAACCUGUUUGUCGAACAUAGUGAAUUACCUGCAGGUUGCGGACUUUUCAAAAGCUCGAGACAGCACAGUGAUGGCGAUUGAGCAGGAGCUAGCUGAAUGUGAACCUCCGCCAUUCAAUAAUAAUAUGAGUUCUCUGAAUCCAUUAAUAGUGUAUCAUCAAGCUGUGAUGUUUCAUAUUGCUAUGAGACUGCUUUUUAUGAGAGAGGUGAAGUUGCAAGACCCGGAUGAAUUGCAAGUUCUUGUGGACUCUGGGAUUGACCACAUUGAAAUAAACGAAGAGAUUACGAAGGAUAUUCCCGGUUUCGGCCUUUUCUGGCCAAGCUUUGUCAUUUGCUGCGAAGCAACAUCUUCAGAAGGUCAAGCAAGAGUCUCCUCAUGGCUGCAAACAAUAGAGCCUCACUGCGUGGACAGUAUGAAACGUGGCAAACGUGUUAUAAAAAAAGUCUGGGAAAGAAGGCGAAAUGGAGACCAGGUCAGCUGGUUAUCAGUGAUACGAGAACUUGAUCCGACACUAUUAUUGGCUUGA